AUGUUUAACCUUCCCAAACUCGCUGUCCGUGAUAACGACAGCAAUGACAGUGGUCUCUCCGGUCCUAUUGUCGAUCUCCUGAUCUCCCUUCUCGUCCUCGUCCUUUUUGCUCUCGUUUUGCUCGGGAGCCUGCUGCUCAUCCGUCGCAAGCGCCAGUCUCGCCAAGACUCACUUCUCCCCGUUCACAAUGGACAACGCAACACUCGCCGCCUGACUAUCUCUGCUGGAGGCAAAACCAAUUCCAUCAUGGUCUGGGACGAAAAGCACAACCUUAUUGAGAACUCCCACAGCCCCCCAACUAGCCCUGUUCCUGCUAUUCAUAUCACUUUCCCGGAGGAAGAGGACGAGGCUGGCAAGCGCAAGUCGGGACGUGUGGUUGUUGUGAGAAUCAGCGAAACCGGCGGAGUUGGCCUAGAACCUUAUCACGAAGAUGAUCUUCCCCCAUACCAGACCAGUGACUCUGACCGCUUCCAGUCCCUCGACAUUGAACGUAUGGGUGGAUUGAAGGAAAAGGGUGAGCUGAACAACUAUCAUUAA